GAAGGUUGAUUAGGAAAACUACUACCGAAUUGAUGCGAGUUAAACAGAGGGAUGGAGAGUCCCUAAAGAACUACAUGAGCAGGUUCAAUGAUGCGGUGUUGGAGGUUAAUUCCUUUGACCAAGCUGUGGGCAUUGCAGCUGUCAUCUCUGGUCUCAAACAUGACAGGUUCCGAGACAGUUUGAUCAAACAUGCUGUCACCACCUUUAGUGAGGUAAACGACAGAUCUCUGAAAUUUAUAACUGCUGAGGAAUACGCCUUGGCGCAAAACCAACCUUCCUCUAAGAACCAGAACCCAGAAUGGCGAGAUGACAAUCCGAGCCGAAAAAGGAUGAGAAUGGCGCAGAACCGAGGUCCAGUGUUGACCCCCCCAUCGAGAUUCGGAAGGCCGAACUCCAUGCCUCCACAACAAUCUGCAGGUAAACCUCCAGUUAAUUGGACUCCAUUUAAUUUGCCGAGGUCACAAAUUUUUAUGCAGAUCAAAAAUAAGAUGGACUUAAGACGUCCCGGCCCAAUGCGAACUGCUGCUGCUAGUCGAGACCAUACCAGAUAUUGUGAUUUUCACCAGGAUCACGGCCAUACUACAGAGCAGUGUAACAGUCUAAAGUCUGAGCUGGAAAGUUUAGCUCAGAAGGGAAUGCUGAAUGAGUAUGUACAGCGAGCUGAACAGCCAAGGUUUGUCAGAGAACAGAGGCCGCAGCCUCAAGGAGCCCGCAAUCCCCCAAAUAGGCAAGGUGUGGGAUAUCAACAAACCCCACCUCCACUCCCACCACCUGCUAGAAUCAUACAUAUGAUUACGAGAGGCCUUGAAGCAGGUGGACAAAGCUCUAAGCAGCGAAAGCUAUAUGUCAGGGAGCGUGUCCUUGUUGACACCGGGAGUGCACCAGACAUCAUGUAUUUCCACUGUUUCGAGAGUCUGGGAUUAGAUCCAGCAUUGUUGCAGAAGUAUGAUGGUCCUAUCUAUCGUUUCAACAACCAACCUGUUUCGGUAGAAGGAGUUCUUACCCUCCAUGUGGCUUUUGGGAGUGCUGUGGUUUCCCAAUCUCAUCUCUGCAUGAAAUUCCCCACUCCUAUGGGAAUAGCAACAUUGCGAGGAAACCAGGAGGUGGCCAGACACUGUUAUAUCACCUCGGUAACACAACCAACGAAGGGCAAAGAUAAAACACCCGAGGUCACUCCCCAGCAAAUUCAUGAUAAUCAGCAGGUCAUGGGUGUAGAGAUCGUCGAUAAUCGAUCGAAAGAUGAAACCAGAGCUGCUCCAAUCGAAGAUGUUGAAGAAGUGCUCGUUGAUGACAGAGAUCCGAGCCGAAAAACACAGAUCGAAACUCGAUUGAACCCGGAGGAGAGAGCAAAACUGAUAGCUUUUCUCCGAGCUAACAAUGAUGUAUUUGCAUGGACUUCGGCAGAUAUGCCAGGAAUUCCAACUUCAGUAUGUCAACAUAAACUCAGUACCAACCCAUUGAAGAAACCAGUGGCUCAGAAGCGGCGUCUCUUCGGGGGGGAGAGGCUUCAGGCCAUUAAAGAAGAGGUAGAGAAACUCCUACAAGCUGGUUUUGUCCGGAAAGUUGAUUACUGCGAAUGGGUGGCUAACCCAGUUCUGGUGAAGAAGGCCAAUGGCAAAUGGCGAAUGGCGAAUGUGUAUUGAUUACACAAAUCUUAAUAACGCUUGCCCCAAGGAUUGCUAUCCAAUGCCGAGCAUUGACAAACUAGUUGAAGCGGCUUCAGGCAAUGAGAGGUUAAGCCUCUUGGAUGCAUAUUCGGGGUAUCACCAGGUGCCAAUGGCUCUAGAAGACGAAGAGAAAACCGCGUUCUAUGCUGGCGAUGAAAUUUAUUGUUAUGUCAUGAUGCCGUUCGGCUUAAAGAAUGCAGGUGCUACUUAUCAGAAAAUGGUAACCAUUGUCUUCCACGCCCAGAUUGGCAAAA